AUGGACACCAGUGCCCGACAGACUUUCAGCUGGGUGACCGGGGAAGUCCAGCCGCUCCAUAGCGAAUGUCCGGCAACGGCAAUCGUGAAGUGGUUGGUGGGAAGUUUGGUACCUGAGAAGUUUAAGGCUUCCCGCGGAAGGUUUGAGUUUGCGCCGGAACGUCCCAUGGAGGAAAAUGACGUCACAGGCUACCUGACGUCACCAGCUUCAAGAUCAGGAAAUGACACGGAGUGGUAA